AUGGAAAGUGGCCGAGACUGCUUUGAGAUCAAUCUGGGGCCUCAGUUUCCUCUGGAACGGAGAUGCUCCUCCCUGCACCAACUCCCUCCCGGAAGAGCAAAGCACUGCGGUUGCUACACCCAGGUGAGUUCUCUCCCGAAAGCCAGUCAGGCCCCUGCCACGCCCCCCCUGCUGCGCUGCAUACUCCGCUCCGGGUUUUGUCGCUCACUUGGCCCGGCAGCCCGUCGGGGGCGCGCUCCGCGCUGGGGCGGCGGCGGCAGCGGCGGCGCGCAGGGCGGGGUCGCGCCUCCUCCCGCGUCUCCUGUUUCAGCCGCUGCUACAGGGGCACCCAAGAUGGAAAUCCAGGGGCUGCUCGCGGCCCAGACCCCGCGCGGGAACCAACAUGGCGGCGGCAGCCGCGGCGGCGCCGCUUGUCCCCGGGCGUCCCCGCCGCCGCCGCCGCCUGCGGCGCCCUGCGGGCCGCCAGCCCCGGCCGCCGCCUUCGCGGGCACCAUCACCAUCAACAACCAGAACCUCAUCGUGCGCAUAGAGAAUGGCUUCCUGACGCUGGCGGCGCCGCUGACCACGGAGCCCAGCGCGUCCAAGUCCGGCCCGCAGCCCCCAGGCCCACCGCCGCCCCCGUCUGACGAGUUGCCGCAGCCCUCGGGCGCCGCCGGUCCCACGCUCUGCCCCGCCGAGUCUGCCGACCUUACCCUAGCCGACCCCAUGGCCAGCUUUCUGCUGGCCGAGCCCGCGGCCAAGGUCCCCGCGCCGCCGCAGCUACCUCCGUCCUCACUGCCGCUGCCACCAGGGACCGAAGGUGGCAGCGGUCCCGGGCCGGGCGGAGGCGGAGGUGGCGGCAGCAGCACGGGCGUCGUGCUGGUCUACCACUGCCCCGAACCCGAGUGCCCGCAGACCUUCCCCAAGAAGCACCAGCUGAAGCUGCAUCUGCUUUCGCACAGCAGCACGCAGGGCCAACGGCCCUUCAAGUGUCCGCUGGACGGCUGUGGCUGGUCCUUCACCACGUCCUACAAGCUCAAGCGGCACCUUCAGUCUCACGACAAGCUACGGCCCUUCAGCUGCCCCGCGGGCGGCUGUGGCAAGAGGUUUACCACAGUCUACAAUCUGAAGGCGCACAUGAAGGGCCACGAGCAGGAGAACACGUUCAAGUGCGAGGUGUGCGCCGAGCGCUUCCCCACGCACGCCAAGCUGGCCGCGCACCAGCGCAGCCACUUCGAGCCCGAGAGGCCCUACAAGUGCGAGUUCCCCGGUUGUGAGAAGACGUUUAUCACAGUAAGUGCUUUAUUUUCCCACAACCGAGCCCAUUUCAGAGAACAAGAACUCUUUUCCUGCUCAUUUCCUGGAUGCAACAAACAGUACGACAAAGCCUGUCGCCUGAAGAUCCAUCUGAGGAGUCACACAGGUGAAAGACCUUUUAUCUGUGACUCGGAUGGUUGUGGCUGGUCCUUCACCAGCAUGUCCAAACUCCUUCGGCACAAAAGGAAACAUGAAGAUGACCGGAGGUUUACUUGUCCUGUAGAAGGCUGUGGUAAAUCGUUUACGAGAGCAGAACAUUUGAAAGGCCAUAGUGUGACCCACCUGGGCACAAAGCCAUUUGAGUGUCCAGUUGAAGGUUGCUGUGCUCGGUUUUCUGCUCGGAGCAGCUUAUACAUUCACUCAAAGAAACACCUUCAGGAUGUGGAUGCUCUGAGAAGCCGCUGCCCUGUAUCAAGCUGUAAUAAGCUGUUCACAUCCAAGCACAGUAUGAAGUCUCACAUGGCCAAGCAGCAUAACUUCAGCUCAGACCUCUUAAGCCAGCUUGAAGCGACAAGUUUUCUUACACCUAGCAGUGAACUUACCAGCCCAGGACAGAGCGAUCUUAGCAAUAUAGACCUAGUUUCUCUCUUCUCUAACGUGUCCAGUAACAAUUCUGCAAUUACAACAGACAUGGCAUUGGUGAACUCUGGAAUUUUGACUAUAGAUGUUGCUUCGGUGAGUUCAACUCUUGGGGGGAACCUUUCUGUUAAUAAUACUAACUCUUUGGGCCAGGCUAUGGACCCAUUGAUACUGGUGGCUAGCAGUGACAUGCCCCACAGCCUUGAUAGCUCUCUGUUGCUGGGCACAACUGCCACAGUUUUACAACAAAGCACUUUAAAUUUGGAUGAUGUCCAGACUGUAAACGCAGAAGCACUGGGGUCCCUGGCGUCUCUGUCUGUGAAGAACUCCGGUCAAGAUCUCCAAGCUCUGACAUCUAGCAAUAACCUGACUAUAGAGCCUGCCACUCUGACUCCGUCCAGCAGCCUAACUGGGAGCAGUGUUCCCAGCCUACUGACGCCAACCAAAACUGAACGGGAUUUACUUCCCAGCCCAGACAUUGUUGGACAGCAGGAAGGAAGCAAAGUUGUGACUCAGUUUGUCUUCUCCAACCCAGCGGCCGGCUACAGCGCUCAGAAAGACAUGGAUCUCAGCACAGUGCCUGCGAGCUCCUUCUUGGAAAGUGGGGGCUCAGCAAGAACUGAUUACCGAGCCAUUCAGCUAGUCAAGAAAAAAAAAGAGAAAGGGCCGGGCAGCAGCACAGGGUCAUCAGGAUCUACUCAAAGGAAAUUAAAAGGUGGCAAAGUGAGUCCGACUAAUUUCUCCACAAGUCCUAGCAGUCGAUUAUGUGGGAAUAUUGUAGUGCCAAAUGGAGGCUUAACAGUACGAGAUCCGGCAACUGGAGCUCAGUUUGUUCAGAUUCAGUUAUUGCAGUGGAAGCUGCAGGAGACCCCAGAGGUCCCCUGGACCUUCAGACUGGCCCAGAGAAAGAGUAACUGUGUGGAUGUAGCCGAGAGAAGUAUGAAACACAUCAUUGAGGCAGUGAAGCACCCAAGGCGUCAGCACAAGAACAGUGGCUAG